AUGGCUCCAGGCGGCAUGAACAAGAAGGCAAAGGGCAAGAAACCGGCCGAUCCCACAGAAACCUCGAAGUUAUUGGCUGCCAAGAUCUCUCAGCUCGAACAAGAUGCGGCUGGCGAAAAGGACCAAGAAGCGGAGAUUGAACGCGAGGUCAAGAAGGCCACUCGGGACCUGAACCAGCUUCUGAACACCAUCGAGUCCCCCAUGACCCGCCUAGAGACCGUGCAUAAAAAGUACACGGAGCUGCUUGCCGACAUGAAGAAACUAGAUCGAGACUACGCCAAGAGCAAGAAGCGGGCCGACCAGCUACAGAAGGACCAGGACAAGGGCAAAUCCGAGCUGAACAAGACGGCCACGAUGAAGGAUAAGCUGGAGAAGCUGUGUCGAGAGUUGACAAAAGAGAAUAAAAAAGUCAAAGAUGAAAACAAAAGACUCGAAGACACGGAACGGAGAGCUCGUGGGAUCGUCAACGAGCGCCUUGAUUCGCUAUUGUUUGAUAUCCAAGAUGUGAUGGCGCAAAAAGGAAACCCCAGAGUGGAAAAGAUUGAUAUCGACCUGGACGAGGCGCUUCGUGCAAAGAUCAAAACUAUCGGCGAAAAGUUCGAGCUCCGCGAACAACACUACAAGUCCCUCCUCAGAAGCAAAGACGCCGAGAUCCAGAGUCUAACCGCAAAGUACGAAGAGCAACGUCGAGGCGCCGAGACGGAGUCGGCAAGAUGCCGUGCAUUGAGCUCACAGGUGUCGACGUUUUCGCAUACCGAGGCUGAGCUGCGAAGCCAGCUUAAUAUAUAUGUCGAAAAGUUCAAACAAGUCGAAGAUACGCUCAACAACAGCAACGAACUCUUCAUGACAUUCCGAAAGGAAAUGGAAGAAAUGUCGAAGAAGACCAAACGGCUUGAGAAGGAGAAUCUCACUCUGACCCGCAAACACGACCAGACGAAUCGAAACAUCCUUGAAAUGGCGGAAGAACGCACCCGAAACAACGAAGAGCUUGAAAAGUGGCGUAAGAAGAGCAAUAACUUGGAGGCAUUGUGCCGGCGAAUGCAACAACAGGGCCGGGGUCAGGCACUGGCAGGGGACUUGGAUGUGGACGAUGAAGGCACGGAGAGCGAGUAUGACGACGAAUACGAAGAUGAAGACGAAGAAGAACUAAGCGAGGACGGUGAUUACGUUGACGGAGACGGCCAUCAUCAGCAUAUGACUGGGCCAAAGCCGACAGAGAAGCCAGUCUUUGGGCCUCCGCCGCCGCCAACGUUGGCCGAGGCGAGAUCCAACGGCAACCGCAACCUUGUCAAUGGAUACAAGCAUUGA